GUAACAGCUGUAACAGCUACUGUCAUAUAAUACAAAACAUUGGUUGUGUUGCAUCAUUCUCCAACAUUUUCCGGUGAAUUUAGCAUGAAUAAUGCUACUAAAACUACCUCUAAUUUGCCGUACAGUUCAGCGUAAUGCAUCUUCAUUCUCAGUUACCGGCCAGAGAAACCAUGCCGGCGUAAAACCGUAUAUCGAUUUUGUUGCAAAGCUUCACGACAAACAGAAACUUGAACAUAACAUCCGGCAACGAAAAUUGAAUAUCGACCUGAAUGAAUUGUAUCUGCUCCGUACAUUGGACCUGUCAACAAAAAGGAGCGAAUUGGCACGAUUGGAUCAGAAGAUAAAGGAUAUAUUAACCUCCUAUUCGAAUGCCGAUCGAACGGCAGAGGGCAUUGAAUCUUUGCUGAAGUCAUUGAAGUUGGAUGCAGCUAAGACAAAGACAGAGUUCAAAGCGCUGGCAGAGGAUAUAAAGGCUUAUGACGAUGCAUUGUUAGAGAAAUUCCUGGAUCUACCGAAUGACAUACACGAACGCACACCACUCGAUACAAGUGAAAUUCGUUUCAGCUACUCUAGUCAACGAAGCAUCGACGGUGCAGAAAAUCAUCUGGACAAGGUGAAUUACCUGGAACAUCAUGAUCCAUUUUGCUAUUUCCUGAAAAGCGACGCAGCGAAAUGCGAAUUGCAACUUCCGUUACAUUGCAAGAAAAUGUUCCGUUCGUUCGGAUUCGCACCGUUUUCGAAUCCUGAUUUCGUGAGGAGUAUUCUGGCCGAAGGAGCUGGAAUCCGUUUGAACGAUUUAUUGGAAAUCAUUGAGGACGACCCAAAGAAUAAAUUCAAUCGUUUACAUCUGGCUGGCAGCGGUUCGAUGCUCAGUUUUUUGGGCUUCGUUACAAAGUUGCUAGUCUAUCGAAGUCGUCUGCCGUUAAAGUUUGUGUCGAGUGGGAAAAGCUUUUCGCUUGCAGACACAGCGUCCAUCGACCAAGGACUGUAUUCGACGUGUCAAACAACGAAUGUUCAAUUGUUCAGUAUGACCAUCGAUGAAUCGGAAUCGCUGCGUCAAUUCGAUGAAACACUGGAACAAAUGAUUAAAUUUUACCAACGUCUGGACAGAACUUUUCGGGUGAGAUAUGUAACUGCAGACGAAUUGGCGCAGGCUGAACAAUUUAGAGCUGACUUUGAAGUGUAUUCACCUCAUCGAAAAUGUUUUGUUCCGAUGGGUCAUUUGAGUAGUUACGGUGAUUUUAUCAGUAGACGACUAUUGAUCGCUUUCAAGGAGGACAGUCGUUCUAAGUUUAAAUUUUCUCAUUUAAUUUCGGGUAAUGUAAUCAAUGUUACUAGGUUUAUAGCAAUUCUAUUGGAAGAGAAAGGUGCGCUCAGCGCACCAGCGAUACUAUCUCAUUUCAAAUAAAGUUUUUGUUAAGUUGACCGAAA